AAUUCAAGAUUCAAUUCAAAUUCAAAUUUUUAUAUUCAUCCACUGAAUUUAUAUAAAUAUUUAGUAUACCAGUCCAUUUCAAAAUCCCGUCACUUUAAUCACCCAAAACGCGGUAACCCAGAAAUUCAAUUUGUCUCCAAUUAUACGCGUCAGUCAUCGUGUUAAUUUGUGUUUAAUUUCAUUUUUAUUGGGUCUAAUUUUGUCUCUAUCAUAUGAUUUAAGAAGCUGAUGUGUCCUUCAAAAAUUACGCGGUUAGUUCGUUAUGUAGAAUUUCAAGAUUUUCAAAAAGUCUUUUUUUAUGCAUUAAUCUUGUUUUGUCGAAUUAGUUAAAUGUCGGUUUUUUAAGUAGUUAAGUACUAUGUUCUUGAUACUUUGGAGUACACAAAUAUAUAAAUUUGAUUCUUUUUUAACAGUUUCUCAGAAAAAGUUUAAACCUUUUUUGGAAUAUAAUUCUUGACUUUAAUUGUGAUGUCUUGUUUUUAUAGCGCGUGAAUUGUUAGAGUUUAAUUAGAGUUGAGCUGAAACUUCGAUGUAGCUUCUCUUUGUUUCUUAAAGUCAAUCUUAAAAUUUCUUAUUUAAAGACAUUUUAGGUUGUUUUGUGUUGGUUAGAAUUGUACUUUAUAUCAUAAUUUUAAAAUUUGAUUCUAUUACAAGGAUUUUAUUUGUCUGAAUUAUUAGUAGUGUUUAAUAAUGGCGCCAAAGAGGUGUUUUAAUGGGGAUGCUGAGAGUGGUAGUGAGGACAGUUCAACUCAUGAUCCUAAGCGGUUUAAAAAUGCAAAUAUUAGAGAUUUGCUUGGACUGUUCUCUGUUCAGGAUAUGGUGGAGUCGCUCGAACCGUUCAUUCGAGGAGUGGUGCGAGAUGAGGUUGAACGAACUGUUCUUCGCGUUCUUCAUCCAUCAUUCAGACCUUCAUUCAAUCAGAAUGAGACAUCAGGAGGGGGACGGGGUUUCCUGUUGUGCUUUGUCAACAGACCGCCCGGUACCAUUUUUACUGGUAGCAGGGUAGAAACUGAAGAUGGUAAUCCCAUCAGAAUUGAACUUCUGGAUGCAAAGACCAAGACCCUCGUAACUUCUGGUCCUGUGUCUUGUAUGAAGAUUGAGAUUCUUGUUCUUGAUGGUGAUUUUGGUUCGGAUGAUAGAGAGGACUGGACCGAGAAUCAAUUCAAUUCCAAUCUCAUCCGCGAAAGAGAGGGUAGAAGGCCGCUACUGGCAGGAGAGUUAAAUGUUACUUUACGAGGUGGAGUUGCUUUAGUCAAUGAUAUAGCUUUCACCGACAAUUCCAGUUGGCAGAGAAGUCGAAAGUUUCGGCUGGGAGCUAAACCUGUGUCGACAACUUGUGGCGGAAAUGGUCAAGCGAUGGUAAGAGAAGCAAGAAGUGAAGCUUUCAAGGUCAUGGAUCAUCGCGGAGAGUUGUAUAAAAAGCAUUACCCUCCGCAUUUGGAUGAUGACGUUUGGCGUUUGGAAAGAAUAGCAAAAGACGGCACAUCACACAAGAAGCUAUCCAAAUCGGGAAUACUCACUGUAAGGGACUUUCUGCAGUCGUUUGCGGUCAAUCCCUCCGAAUUGCGCAGAAUUCUUGGAGGGACAAUCUCAAACAAGAUAUGGGAUACAAUUAUCGAGCACGCAGAUACCUGUGUUCUUGACGAAAAGUUGUAUGCUUACUUUGGAGCUGGACAAAAUGUUGGGCUUCUUUUCAGUUCUGUUUACAAACUAAUGGGAACAUAUGAUGGUCAGGCUUUCGAGCCUCUCGAAAAAUUAACUCCUCCACAAAACGCUGUGGUGGAAAAUCUAAAGCAACAAGCUUACAAGAACUUAAAUGAAUUCAUCCUGAUCGAUGCCCGAACCGUUACAGGCUUUUCAAGGCCCUUGAUAUGUCCUGAAAUUGAUUCAUUUCAUAGCCAAAACCUCGGUCCGCAGCAGCUUGAAUUCUCGGUAGCAAAUCAAGAUCAACCAGAAAUGGUAUUCGAAUUCAGCACCGCGGAAAAUGUUACUAAUCAAACACAUUUAUUCCCAUCAAACCCGAGGGACAGUUUCAAAUUGAGCGACUUUCUUAUACCAAGUACACCAGAGAACAAUUGGCCUGCAAGUUCUUCACAAUGGCCUAUAGUAACAACAACUAAUGAUGCAUCACUUGCUGAAGACAUAACCUUGCAGGCUCAAGUAUCAUCAGCCUGGCCUGCUACAAGCUCAUCGGUCUGCUGGGGACAAGGCAAUACGUUCGUUUUCAGUUCCGAUAAUAACGGAGGAGUAGAUUUCUUAUCUUCUUAUUCAAGAUUCGGUGUGCAUAUGUCGAGAAUUCGAAAAACAAAAGCAGGGUGGUGUAAGCUACGAGCUGCUAUAUUGAAAUGGGGAUUGGUUCGGAGAAACGUUGCUGCCAAAAGAUUUGGCCGAGCUUAUGUUAUGUAGAUUAUUAGAGCUGUUUAGAUAAAAUAUAUAGUCGAGCAUCUCAUGAUUUUAGGAGACAAAGAUGUCUAUUAGCAUCUAUGAGAGUUAGUCAUUUAGAUUUUAGCUUUUGCUGUUACAUUGUAAUCUUUUAUUUUUUGCUUUUUUUGUAACAAAGUGCAUCAAAUUCUACUUUGUGUUUUAAGUUAGUUUUGCAACAUAUUAAUGAAUCAAACCUUUUUUUUCU